GUAGCUGUUGUCGCACACCGAACGGAAGAAACGAGCGCAACGAGCUACGCAACUUCCUUUUUCUCCGAGGCCAUUUUGGAGUGAUUUCACUGUUGGCCGGUCCGGAGUAAACCGCAAACAUGGUGGCCGCAAAGAAGACGAAAAAGUCCAUGGAGUCUAUAAACUCUCGUCUCCAGCUGGUGAUGAAGAGUGGGAAGUACGUGUUGGGCUACAAACAGUCCCAGAAGAUGAUCCGGCAGGGAAAAGCCAAGCUGGUUAUUCUGGCCAACAACUGCCCUGCUCUCAGGAAAUCUGAGAUCGAGUACUACGCCAUGCUGGCCAAGACCGGUGUCCACCACUACAGUGGAAACAACAUCGAGCUUGGCACCGCCUGCGGAAAGUACUACAGGGUGUGCACGCUGGCGAUCAUUGACCCCGGCGAUUCUGACAUCAUCAGGAGCAUGCCGGAUCAGCAGCAGCAGCCCCAGUAGAUCUGUCCCCACCCACGUUGUUAUAAAUAAAAAGAGACAAUAA